AACAAACCCACAUUGAAAGAGGGGCACGCGGAUGACAUCACGCUGCGUGCCGAGGAUAAAAACGGAGCUCCCGGGUUCUUCUUGGAGCUUUUCAGCAGCACGAGACAACCGGAGCAUCAUGUGGAGCGUGCUGGGCACCGGGACACGUCUGAUCUCAGACAUUCAACAGAGAUCCGUCUGAAGCUACCGGGGUCCGCUUUACCACCGUGACCGGUUUUCAGAAUGGAAAACUGAAUUUUGAAGAACUAAAAGACUGGUUGGUUUGGAAACGGCUUGCGCGUAAUUGCGCACAGUGAAGUGGCCUUGAAGCAGCUCCGCGCGCGCCGACCACCCCGCUGGACAUGGAUCAUUCUCAUCAGUGCGUGUAUCUCCUGCUGCUGUCCGUGGGACUCCUGGUACACCGGGGGUUCUGUCAGCACUUCUACGUCCUCCGGCCCAUCCCGAGCGACAGCCUGCCACUUGUGGAUUUAAAAGAGGACCCGGAUCCUGCCUUUGACCCCAAGGAGCGGGACCUAAACGAGACCGAGCUCAGAAGCAUCCUGGGAGACGUUGACCUCCGCUAUCUGUCCGUGUCGCUGCCCUUGGAGGACAAAUACCUGGGGAACGAUGAACUGGACUUGGACGGCCCAAAGGCGGGCGGGAUCAUGCCCAAAGAAAUCCGAGCGGUGGACUUUGAGGUUCAGAUCGGCAAGAAGCACAAACCCAGUAAGAAGCUGAAGCGGCGGCUGCAGCAGUGGCUGUGGGCGUACACCUUCUGUCCGGUUGUGUACAGCUGGACCGACCUGGGGGCCCGGUUCUGGCCGCGGUACGUGCGGGUGGGAAGCUGUCUGAGCAAAAGGUCGUGUUCCGUCCCGGAAGGAAUGUUGUGUAAACCUUCGAACUCGACCCACCUGACGCUGCUGAGGUGGAGGUGCGUGCAGAGGAAAGGGGGGCUGAAGUGCGCCUGGAUCCCGGUCCAGUACCCGGUCAUCACGGACUGCAAGUGCUCUUGUUCGAAUUAAAACAGACUAUAAACCUAAAUUAUAAGCUCAACAGUUCAAUAAUUACUUUUUUAUUCUUUCCCACGUGCACUACAAAGUGUCAGAAUGUAUUUUUGUGUUCCUGUAAUUUCCUGUACAGUCAGUAUUAUUUGUGGAGAAUUUUCUGUUAUAUAUUUAGUAUUUAUGGAGAUGCCACGCGGUGUUUUCUGGAUGAAGCAGAUUAACCUCAGAGUUGGAACUAUUAUGGAUACAGUCAUGUGUCAGUGAUGAGUUUUAUCCUGUAAAUUUAGGAAAUGUACCACUUGUACCAUUCUUUAUAUUCGCACAAUAAAAAUAACUCAAAUUA